AUGAUCAGUCAAACAGCCCGCAAUACUUUUAAGCGUGCUUUAGCCUGGAGCAACGUCAAGGUCAUCUACACCCGAAUUACUUUGACAAAGUACACUACCGCCUACUUCUUUCUCGCUCUCAUAUACUGUCUUGCCCUUGUUGUGCUUCAAUCUGUCGCCUACGCAGACACCGCUACAGCAAGGAAUGCAGUCUCUAGCGUCGUAGGAUGCAUAUCCUUUGAUGGACUAGUUGUGAAAACUGGAAAUCAGUUAGAGUGGUGUGAUGGGCUUCCUAACGUACACGGUACGACGUGUACGAUACUUCAAUCGGAGGGUACAGCCGCACUUGAGCAAGUGCAGAUAGAGGGUGAGAAAGAGGUAGAAAAGGAUCAUGAUGAAGAAGCCCAACCAAUAACCAAUGAACUCGGCGAAGUGGUCGGGGUGGACUACAAGGGUGUCGUUCUUUCCAUUCAGUGCGCUAGGUCCUUCCACUGGUUAAAAGACGCCCUUCGAGACUCCGUUCGAGAGGACAUCACUAUCCUCGUUUUCCACGUCUGGCUGUUCGCGCUGGCCCUCGUCACCAUUUUGAACGAAUCUCUACCGCAUCUUGUUUCAGGUCUCGCCGGUCAUGCCAUUGUUACUGGUUGGUCGGCGUUCAGGGUAGGGGAUAGCCGGAAAAUGCGGGAUAUGUAUUACUCGUUGAUCCUGAAUGGUACUUGUGCAUCAAGUGGUGGUGCACAAGUUGACAUUCUGGGGACACAGUGGUGGCAUCUUAGGAACAUUCACGCGAUACCGACCGUAGCCUUGAAUGCUGCCUCGCUCGCCUUGGUUGCGAUAUUGUCGCUGAAGCUGUACAAAGUAUACGCUCGCCAGUCUUUCCAGCGUGUAGGCGCAUCUCCUCAAGUCCACAGCAUCUAUAAGCUCGUUCUGGUCCUGUCAUCCUUCCUCCAACUGGCAGGAUUCUUUGUCCUCGCCUCGACCAUUAUGUGGAUCGAAAAAGCUUCCAAUGGUGCCAUCUCCCGUUCGGCCAAACACCUGGAUGCCUAUAAAGCUGUUCUGACGGUCGUGAUUGUUUUCGUCAUCCCAUGGGUUGUUCUGGGAUGGCGAUCAGUCAGAAGAGAACAACGUCGCCUUUUUUGGGUGUUUUUUGCGAUCUCGCUCGUUUUUUUGGUCACGUCCUCCGCCUGUUUUGGAAGCGAUUUAUUCCGUUUUAUAUUUUCGAUAUGGCCCCUCUUUGCGACCACGACGAUCACUUCCUAUCUUCUCAUUGUUGCUAUAAACGUUAUGGGCAUUAUCUGUAGAUGCCGUUUUGGUAAAGGGCUGAAGGAGUUCUUACAACAAACCGAAACGCCUGAAGGCGCCGAUUUUGCGCCAGUCUACAUUUCCCAGUUCCCCCCACCUUCUCCCGAUGACGACGAGAAGGGGACGAUGGACUUUUCGGAUAAUACCUUCAGGACGAUAGACUUCCUGCUUGCUCCUCCCCCUCGGUCUCACCAAGAUUCAACCCCACGGCCCGCGAAGCAACAAGACACAUGGCGGAACUAUGAACGUUCCAUCCCUUCGUACUCUGAGAAAUCUUUCUAUGAUUAUAACAGCCAGCAUGACGAGGUCACCGUAGCGAAAGGCGAUUCGAAGACAACUGUAAGGAUGUCGGUUUUCAAUGAUCCCACAAGAGAUACGGUCAAGCUUUCGACAACCCCGUCCCUGGCUCAAGGGGAUUUCGUUCUCUCGGGCGUGCGCGAGCCAUCAAAGCUAUCUAAGCCGAAAAGGAAGGAAAGUGUGAAGAAGAUGGUGAUCGGUCUUCCAAGCAAUCCUAGGAAAGGUGGCAACCCGAUUGAGAGAAGUGGUGGCGGUUUCUUUUAA